UUCGGCUCCUGGCAAAACCUGCUGUCCGCGCUUUGGCCUGAGGAGGUUCUCGGUAGAUUGGCUCAGACGCCGCAUCUUCCCUGGGCUGCACUUGCUGGCGCCCUGUUCCCUGCGUAGCAAGGUACACAUGAUGCAGAAUGUGCACCUGGCGCCAGAGACAGACGAAGAUGAUCUUUAUUCUGGUUGUAACGACUACAAUCCAACCUUUGCUACGGAGAUAGAAAAUCUUGUUCUUUUUAUGUUAGAGUUUUGUUAACCGGCUUAGGUGAUGUGAGCGUUCUCUGCUUUUUUAUGCUUUUGAUGAAGUAGCUGAUUCAUAAGCUGGAAAAGUGCUGUGAGUGACUACACCAUCAGCAUUGCAGCUCAGGGGAGGAAGGUCAGGAGGAUGGUGGUAGGAGUGAAUUCACAGUUACAGAUUCUGUUCUUCAGCACUGGAUCUCUGAGGGUCCAAGUGAAACAGACUUAGAUCUCAUUGAAACUGGGUUGUUGAUCCCAAGUUUGUAUCCCAGCAAAGUCAAUAAUUGAAGGCCGGAGCAGGAGUUAAGAGUAAAGCAAGUGCAAAGUUCAUUAAAAUGAUAGCAAAGCUCCCACAUGAAUGGGAGGAGAUGUGGAAAGCUAAAGCUGUAGUUUAGCUGAAGUCUAGGAAUGACAUAGGGCACUAACUGGCUUAGGUCCAACUAUUUUAUCUUGAAACUAUAUUUGUGAUUGGUUGGCAUCGAGUCAGCUUCUCUCUGAACUCAGCUACCCGUCCAUCCCUUCCUUAUAGAACUGAACAUUCCAAGAAGGCCUGGUCAGCUUGUCCUGGCCUUCAAAGUCUAUUCAACUCAUCCUGGCCUUGGGGCCCGCCACCUACAUUGUGCAGCUUUAGUUUGCUAUUUUGGUAAUGGGUUUGUUAUUUCUCUGAGAAGCCUGUGCAGGCCUCCUUAGAUGUCUGCUUUUAAAGUGUCUUUCUCAUCCAAAGUGGAGUCACCUCUGUCAUUGUUCAUGUUAUAUCCUGAGGAUACCUGAGAUCAGCUUCUAGUGCUCUAAGUAUGAAAUGAAGUAGUUAUUCAUUUUCUUUUGUUAUGUAAGUAUUUUACAGAAAAAUUAGGAAAUAGAGAUGAGUAUAAAGAAAAAAACCACAACCAUGAACUAACUCUUCGUGCUGCUUAACCUGAGGGUUUGCUGUCUUUUAACAUAUGCAGAUGUUUUCUUUCUUAUAUAAAAACACACAUCACAAAUAUGCAGAUAUGAUUAUGCAGUCUACUUUGUGAACUUUGAUUUGCAGUGUAAGAUUUUCCAAAAACAGAGUACAUUAGUAAAACAAUUGAUACCAGUUCUUUCUCCCAGUUAUGAAUGUAAAGUUACUGAUGAUUGCAUCACUUAGAAAUAACUGCUUUCAACAUUUUCUUGUUUUGUCUUUUCUUUAUGCAUAUGUAGACAGUUUUCUUUUUCAUGUGUUCGUGAUUGAACUAGCAUUUACUUUUCUGUUUGCUUUUUUACAUUCAACUGUAGCAUAAUCAAUGUUGUAUGAUCCUAAAUAUUUAGAUAAAUAAAAUUUUAAUGGCUACAAACACUGAAAGCAUAUAGUUAACUGGAUGUAUUUUCUUACCAUAGGUUGUUUUUUCCUACUUUUUUGGUAUUUCAAAUGAAAUUGCAGUAAACAGUUUGAUACAUUAAUAAUUUCAGUGGUUUGAUCAAACACUUUUUCGACAGAAUCUCUGGACGGAUUAAUAGAUCAUAAAGCACCAGAGAAAUUUCCUGUGUUUCCAGGUUGUCACAGCGUGCCUUGUGUCACACUGAUUUAGUUGGAAGUGAAUACUCAAGAAUAUUGGACCCCAAAAUAAAUCACAGAGCAAAAUAAAAAUGCUGUUUGGUUUAUGUUUGGUUUUCUGUUAUAUAAAUUAGUUGUAAUAGUAACAAGUUCAAUAUAUAACUUAAUCUCAUGAAACUGUUGUUUAAGACGUUCAUAAAACAUGCAACUUGUUCAUCUAAGCACAAAGAAAAAUUUGCAAAAGUUGUGCUUGGUGUUUGUAAUUGGAGAAUUUGUUGACCAUUUUUUAAGUGUCUCGUUUAGUUAGAUUUUAUUGAUUUAUCAAAUUUUACUAAAUAGUUUAGAAAUCUUAGAAGAUACCUUUUUAUCAAAAGAUCUGCCAAACUAGAAGUACAAUUAAUGAUGCUAGAAGUUGCCUGUGGCUUUAUGCUUUGUAUAAAAGUUCCCAGUUUUUAUGACUACGAAUUGUGUACUUAUUUAAUUUUAUGGAAUUGAUAUGAAAGAUUACAGAGAUAAUUUAUAGUAAAAGUUGAGUAUGAUUGUGUGCAAUAAAAGCAUGUUUUAAACUGCAUUGUAUUACCAUCAUGGUUUUAUAAACACCUUAUUUUUUAAAAAGUUAAUUGAUGGUGACUAUCUUAUAAGUUAUGUUUGUAUUUUUAAACUUUUGUCAAAUAUGUUAAUCUGUUUCUUGUUACUGUAACAAAAUACCUGAGGCUGGAUAAUACAUAAAGAAAAGAGGCUUUUCAACCCACAGUUUUGGAGGCUGAAAGUCCCAGAUUGGACAGCGCCAUCUGCUUGUUUUCUGUGGAGGGCCUCUUGGCUGCAUGACAACAUGGUAACUAGUAUCGUGGUAAGGAGUGUGUAAGAGAGGGACAGAUCUCAUGGUGAGAUAGGAAGCCAGAGAGGGGCCAGUUUUACUCUUCUUCUAUAACCCAUUUUCUCAGGAACUAAGUACAUAGCCCAGCAUCAAUCAACUCCCAAGGGCUCUGUCCCAGUGACAUAAUCACUUUCAGUGCAGUAGGCCCACCUUAUGAAGGUUCCACAUCCUCGUCACUGCGACCCUUGAGAUCAAGCCUCCAGCACACGAACCUCUGAGGGACAAACCACAUCCAAACCAGAGCAGCAAGUAAUUUUGUAGAGGGAAGAAUGGAAUAAAUGGAAGUCAAGUGUGAGCAUUGUGCACAUGUCAUCUGGAGUGUUAUCCUGACAGUGCUCUAGCUACCAGGAAGAAAAAAUGUGAGGAAAGUACAUAUCCUUCGAAACUUGAUCCUUUAACGAGACAUUAUGAUGUCAUCCAUCUAAACAGUAGUCAAUGAAAUGUCCUCCUCCUAGGGCAAUGGGAGCUGUGACAGUUGGUGCCAGAUUUGAAGGCAGGAAUCCUUGAGCCCUAUCCAUUUGGGAUAAGAUGAAUUACAGAGGAUCUUGAAUACCAAACCAAAGAGUUAAAAGUUUUUAAAAUCCAGUUCAUUUUGAAUGUGAAAUUUCUUUUUAUUUUAGGAAUUGGAAACUGAUACUGGUUUUCAGCAAGCAGUGAGAACUAGUCAUGGCAGAAGACCUCCAAUAACUGCUAAAAUCCCAAGCACUGCAGUUACUAGACCUAAAGCUACUGGAUAUGGGUCCAAGACAUCCCUGCAUUAUCAAUGGAAAGACCAGUGACAGGGGCCAUUCAUGCUCUGCGUUUGAUCCCCUUGGUCAGGCCAGGGGCCCUGCACCUCCUCUGGAAACCAAAAAUGAAGAUAGUCCAGAAGAAAAGAUCAGGCAACUAGAGAAGGAAGUAAAUAAGUUGGUAGAAAAAAAUUGUAUUGCCAACAGUUGUGGAGACUUAAAAGUGGCCUUGGAAAAAGCAAAGGAGGCAGGAAGAAAAGAGAGAGUUCUGGUGAGACAACGAGAACAACUUACAAGUCCAGAAAAUAUCAAUUUGGAUGUAACUUACUCAGUUCUUUGCAACUUGGCCAGUCAUUAUUCAGCUAAAGAAAUGUACGCUGAAGCACUAAACACCUGUCAAGUUCUAGUGAAAAAUAAGAUGUUUAGCAAUGCAGGGAUACUGAAAGUGUAUAUGGGAAAUAUUUAUGUAAAGCAAAGAAAUUAUUCCAAAGCUCUUAAGUUCUACCAAAUGGCCUUAGAUCAGAUCCCAAGUGUCCAUAAAGAAAUGAGGAAAGCCAUGGCAGAAAAAUACAUCCUGACAGCUGCAAAACUCAUUGCACCUGUAAUUGAAACAUCUUUUGCUGACAUUCAUUUUUGUAACCUGUGCUUCAUACCAGUCUGUAUGCUUUUGUUUGAAUAUAUUUCUUUGGUAAAAUGA